GAUUUAGCCAUGGCGGAGCUGGCGUCAGGCGCUGUGGGGACGCUGCUGGGCGUGAUCAGCCAUGAGGCGCUGAGGCUCGGACGCGUCCGGCACGACGUGCAGUUCAUCCAGGAGGAGAUGGAGAGCAUGGGCAGCUUCCUGGCGAACCUCUCCGGGAAUAGCCGUGAGCACGACGAGCAGGUCCGCACCUGGAUGAACCAGGUCCGGAUCCUCGCCAAUGACUGCAACAACUGCAUCGACCUCUACCUCUACCGCGGGGACCCCGCGCUCCACUUGCCUAAGGAAGGUCCUGGCCGCUACCUCUUGUGGGCUCCCUGGCUGCUGCGCAAGCUGCUCGCGCAGCAUCGCGCCGCGGGCCAGCUGAGGGAGCUCAAGGACCGGGCACAGGAUAUCGGCAACCGCCGAUUAAGGUAUGGCGUCGAGGUCAAACCGGUGGAGUCAUCACCAUCUUCUCAAGCUGGGCAGCUCGCAGAGCCAUCGUUAUUGCCAGCCACUCAAGACCAUGAAGAAGAAGAAGACGACGACCACCACCAAGACGGGGGUGAUCCACCACUCAAGGUGGUGGCCUUGUCCAUGACUAGUAUGAAGAUGAACAAGGAAGAUUACUUUAGGAGGAGGCUAGACCACUGGAUGGUGCAAUCGGGGGUGAAACUGGAGGCGGCCGGAUCAAAACCACCACUGCCAUCCAUCACCUUUGUGGUAAUAGAGAACAAAGAUGCCGAUGCUCUUCCGAAUGAAGCCUUGGACGUGGCGAAAGCCUAUUUCAAGAGGGCAGAGGAUGAGAAAAACAAUGGUGUGCCACGGGACACCGAUCCUGCACAUGAAGAUAAGGCUGUGACACCGGAGAUCAAGGACGCCGACGCUCUUACGCAUGAAGAUAAGGCAGCUGUGCCAUCGGCGAGCAAGGACGCCGACGCUCUUACGCAUGAAGAUAAGGCAGCUGUGCCAUCGGCGAGCAAGGACGUCAACACUCUUUGCUCAAAGAUAAGGAAGAUAAGGUGGUUAUGCCACCGAAGAUCAAGGACGUCGGGGCCACUGAAGAUCAAGGAUGUCGACACCCUUGCGCAUGAAGAUAAGGCUGUGGUGACACUGGAGACCAAGGGCGACGAUGACGCUCUUGCGCAUGAAGACAAGGCGGAUGUUCCAGCAAAGAUCAAGGGCGAAGGUGGCGCUCUUGCUCAUGAAGAUAAGCCAAAUGUGCCAUCAGAGUCCAAGGGUGACAACGGCUCUCUUGUGCAUGAAGAUAAGGCGGAUGUGACAGCGAGCACCAAGGGCGACAGUGGCGCUCCUGCGCAUGAGGAUAAGGCGGGCAUGCCAUCAUCGACCAAGGGCGACGGUGGUGCCCUUGCGCAUGAAGAUAAGGUGGAUGUGCCAUCAGAGACCAAGGGCGGCGACGAUGGCCCUCUUGUGCAUGAAGAUAAGGUGGAUGUACCAUCCGGGACCAUGGGCAACAGUGGCGCUCUUGGGCAUGAAGAUAUGGCGGAUGUGCCAUCAGGGCCCAAGGGCGACGGUGGCCCUCUUGCGGAUGAAGAUAAGGCGGAUCUGCCAUCAAAGACCAGUGGCGAUGGCGGUCUUCUUGCGCCUGAAGCUAAGGGGGACGUGCAACCGGUGACCAAGGGAGACCGCGGCGCUCUUGCGCCUGAAGCUAAGGCAGAUGUAUCAUCGGAAACCAAGGACGGAGAACACGUCGUCUUGGUCGACGUCCUGGAGGUGCACUACAGUUUUGUAAGGCUAAGACCGCACAAGAUUCUUUGCUACAUCCUGGCUGAGAUCAAGCGGCAGCAAAAGAUAGGUCCUCCUGCUGGUCCUCGUAGUUGCAUGUUAAAAUGGGAUACUUACGAUUACAGAAAGGAGACGAUGGGUGAAAUCAAGACAAAGAUAAAAACAAUGGAUGUCAACAAGAAGCUUCAAGACAUCAAAAUUUGCAAUCUUGAGGAUGGGAAAGAGCAGCUGUCAGAGCUGCAAAAAUCACACAAGGGCAGAAAAAAUACGGAAGGCAAAUCACCCAUGGGCAAAGAAACUUUGGAACACUUAGUCAGAGAUAAAUCACUGGACAUACUACUCUGGCUGCUCACCUACCACUCAACUACUACUGCUACAUCUGAAAAAGAGAAAAAGAGCAAAUCCAUGGUGGCAGAAUUGUACGAUGACAUCAUCAAGAAUACAGCAACAAAACUUGGAAACAUUCUAGAGAAACAGGAAUAUGAAAACAUUCUGCGGGAGGUGUUCCCAAACCCAAAGUGGACCACCACUGCUUCCAAUAGUACUCCUAGAACAUUGGUGGAUGAUAUCAUCAAACAUAUGGUCAAGAAAGAGGUUAAGGAGAUGCUGCAUGAGCUGCGGGUAGACAAAUCUGACAAGAACCCUGAGACAGGCAGUGAAGAAGCUCAAACCGCCCCGAAAGAUGAUUUUCAAGUAAACACAGAUAACAAGAAGGAAGAAAUCGUAAGGGAGAUCAUGAAGCAGCUCAAGAUCAAAAUGGUCGCGCAAAAGAUUAAAGAAUGUUUGAGAGAUAAUAAUCAAAGGAUCCUGGUCAUCCUCAAAGUUUCUGACAAGUAUGUACCCCAAUGGGAAGAGACCAGAAAUAGUUUGAGCCUGUUGGGGUCGAACUGCCCCAUCUCUGGUGCUGUGAUUGUGGCCAAGACCACUCAAGAUGACACAAGGCAAUAUUUUGGCUGUCCAGGGCUGGAGCUUAUAGAAUAUUCUCCUGUUGGCCUCUACUUUGAUAUUGUGCUCCAGGUUACAAGCCAGUAUAUAAAUGACCAUCGGGUUCUUCACAACAUCUUGUGCAAGUGCAAGCCACAUGAAUUCUGCAUGAAGAUCUUCGCUCAUGCAUUGUAUGCCAAACCCAAAAGGAGCAGUGACGAGUUAAAGAAGUUGCACGACACCUUGCAUGAUGUUGCCACACAAAAAUCAUUGCCCAGUAUGAUGUUCAAGUUCUCUUACAGGGACCUGCCUAAAGAGUACAGGUCCUGUUUGUUGUACCUCGCUAUCUUCCCUCAAGGACAAACCGUCAGACGGUCAACCUUGAUAGGACGAUGGGUUGCAGAAGGGAUGAUAACCACCAAAGAGUGGAGCUGGCCUUCUUCAGUGGUUGAGGCUGAGAAAUGUUUUGAUACACUCGUUGCUAGGUGCCUUGUUUGUCCAGCUGACAUUGGUGCUUCUGGAAAGGUCAAGAGUUGCAUGGUGGAUAAGCUAGUCUAUGGGUUCAUUACCAAGAUCGCCAUUAAGCAGCGAAUUCUGGAGACACGUCUGUCACACCACUUGGCUCAUCACUUCUCCAUUUUCAGUGAUGUCCGUCUCCGCAGCUCUGAGAAAAUAGAGAAUUUCUUGAAAAAAUCAUCUCAGUUCUCCAAGCUCAAGGUGCUAGAUCUAGAAGGUUGUGUAUGCUUCCCGGAGUACCAGCACUACCUGACUGACAUAUGCAGGAAGAUACUAAUGCUCAAGUAUCUCAGCCUAAGGGGAACGGGCGUUACCAGGCUGCCCAGUGAAAUCAACAAUCUUCUUGAGCUGGAGGUAUUGGAUAUCCGGGAGACUGAGAUCCCUGCAUCUGCAACAAGAAAUGUCCUGCUGCGAAAGCUGAAACGUCUGCUGGCUGGUAAAAAGCUAAAGGAUCUGAUGGCUAGUCAAAGCAGUCCUGCUGACAAGACAGAAAAAGUGGAGGUCCUGUGCAAUGCCAAGCUUCAGAAUGUUCGGAAGCGUCUGUCGCCUAGUCAUGUUGAUUCAAGUCCUGCUGAUUACUUCAGUGUGCAGAUCCCUGGCAAGAUCGAAAAAAUGCUGGGUGUGGAGGUAUUGUCCAAUGUCAAGCCGAAGAAUCGACAAGACUUGGUAGACAUUGCAACUCUAAAUGACCUAAAGAAGCUCGGUGUGGUUAUCAACAAAGAGAGUGACCUCAAGUCAUUGCUUAAUUCAAUCAGUGACCUCCUAAACCAGUCUCUCCGUUCUCUGACAAUUACUCUUGACAUAGCCAUAUACGAGAAGCCUGAAGCAGAGCGGAGCCUGAGAAACAAACCCAAGGAUCUUGAGAGCCUAACUAUCAAUGGAAAGAGUAAAUGCCCCAGGGAUUUUGAGAGCCCCAAGGAUCUUGAGAGCACUAGCACACAAAUGUGGAAGCUUCUUGAGUCAUUGACCGAAAAUGGAAAGCAACUUGCGAAGGUAACUCUAAGUUGCACUUUUUUGAGCCAAAAACAUCUGAAGGUCCUUGCCAAUCUUAAGAACUUACGUUGUGUCAAGCUUCGACACAGUGCGUACAAUGACAGCAAGCUCACUUUCAAUAAGGGAGAAUUCAAAAAUCUCAACAAAUUUCUUGUUGAGGGAAACAACAUGACUGAAAUCAAAUUUGAUAAGGGAGCUGCUAGUAACCUCGAGAAGAUCGUUUUGUCCUCCACCAACAUAGUCUCUAUCAGUGGAGUCAACUGCCUUCAGAAACUGGAGGAGCUCGAGUUGAAGGGCGUCAAUGACAAGAAGAUGGUGCAUUCGUUAUUUGACAAUGCCAAGCACAUAGCCAAGGUGACUCUUCGUGAUACAAUGCUAGAGCAAGGUGAUCUGAAAAUCCUCGCAGGCAAUAAAAAGAUGCGCUACCUAGCGCUCUUGGGGAAGUUUUAUAAUGACCGUCAUCUUAUCUUCGAAGAUGAAUUCCAAAACCUCAACCUUCUUACUGUUGACUCCUCUGAGUCUGACAUAACCGAGAUAAGCUUCACCAACAGCUCUCCUAAUCUUGAGAAGAUCGUCUGGUCAUCCAAGGAAAUUGUUUCUCUGUCAGGAAUCAACAAACUUCCUGCAUUAAAGGAGCUGGAGUUGAACGGUGGUGACAGUGUCCCUAACAUGUUGGAAGAAGAGACUAAAAAACGGAAGAUUAGGCUUGACUACAAACCCACGGAUAAGCCCAAAAAAAAUAAAAAAAAUAAAAGAGAAGCGGAUAAAUCCUUGUGGAAGGUGAAGGAUUGGUGCUGGAGCAACUGAAGGCCAUCCUGUUACUUCUUCCGUUCAUCAUCAAUUCCUGCCAUGGUAUGUGUUUGUGUGUGCUCGUGUGGUUUGCCAUUGUGUGUUUCUGUCUACUGAGUGUGCAUUUGUGUUGUGCUUGUGCCGAUUGGUUUGAGUGGUGUGGGUGUGGGAGUCCAGUUACUAAUUCUACUUACAGGUCCACGUGUGUGGCUUUCCUCUGGACAAUAUGGUUCCAUGUAAUAAGUGCAAUGCCUGUACACACAUUUGACUUAUUAUUAUAUACACUUGUGUGCUAUAUCAUGUACGUUUGGCUGGGCUGGUGUAUGUUAUACUGUAUAUGUUUACAUAAUAACGAAGCUAGCAGCUGUAAUAUCAGCAGCACUUAAUUAUUGUCCCUUGGAGCGGAGUUUUAUGCAGACCGAAGGUUUCUCAGAUAUUUGUUCAUCUUGACAGAA